UACGGAUACAGUGGAAAUAUGAGGAGUAUACUUUGGUGUUGUGUCGUGGUUGCGGCGCUGGCCUACGUCAGCUGCCGGGAAGUGUCCCGAACAAAACGGGACGCCGAUCUCGAAGAAGCCGCUUCUCAUCACGGUGGCAAGUGGGACAAAGGAGGCGGUCACGAGCACCAUGAGGAUCAUCAUCAUGACCACGGAGAAAAGGGACACAAGGGAUACAAAGGUCACCACCAUCAUGAACAUGGCAAAAAGGGACACCAUCACCACGAAGGACACAAGGGACAUCAUGAUGAGCACGGAGGACAUAAGAAACAUCAUCACCAUGAUGACGGUCACCACCAUGAACAUCACCACGGGGAGAAGGGCCACAAAGGCCACGGACACCACGAAGAGGGACACUACCAUAAGGGUCACUCUACUAAGGGACAUCAUGGAGUACAUAAACAUGAUGAGUUCAAGAAGGAGAAGCACUUCCACGAUCACCAUCAUGACGGUGGUCAUCACGAGCAUCAUGGUGGACAUCAUGAAGAACAUGGACACAAGAAAGGCGGAGAAUUCCACAAGGGACACAAGCAUGGUGGACAUCACCAUCAUGAGCACGGUAAAAAGGGCCACCAUGAGAAGGGAGGACAUCACCAUGACCACAAAGACCACCAUGAUGAGGGUGGCCAUCAUGAGCAUCAUCAUCACCAUCAUGAUCAUGGAAAGAAGGGCGGUCACGAAGAUCACAAGCACUGGGGCUUCAAGAAGGGACACAAAUAAAUGUCAAAUAUUCCCACCGACU